AUAGGUGUAAGUGUGUCAUCUUGUGUGUAUAUCACUUGUGACUGGGUGACUUGUGUCUUAUAUUUAUGUUAUGGUGAAUCUACCUCGGAUUCAGGUAUCACACCGGUAAGGUAGUAUGUAGACGAGAGCUUCACGGUAAGGUAGUAUGGAGACGAGAGCUUCACGGCUGGAGUAGUUCUGCAAGACGUAGACUUUCAAAACCGAUAAACAGUAUGCUGACCAACAAGGAUGACUAACCUUAAUUUCUCAUAACAAAAUGGAGAACUCCGAUUUCUCUGGCAAACAGCCAAAGGAAGAAUUUCCCGACCCUGUUGUAAAAGCCAACCGAUUUGAGUCAUGUGAAAUAACUGAUGAGAAAUCUCCUCUUCUUUCUAAGUCUGCGACAGCAGACGUGGACAUAAAACCGUGCGAUACCGGACGUGAUGUCAAGGUCAGGAUUCCGCUGCAAUUCUACUUGCUAGGACCUGUAGUUUUUAUCAUGCUCUUUAGCUUUGCUACCAAUUCUUUGAUCAUUGCACAAUACGUUUAUGAUGUUAUCGAAGAAGAACAAUUUCCAGGUAAACUUUUUAACAAUAGUGUCGAAGAAAUCGUUUGCUUUGAAAACAAAACUUCUCAGGAGUAUUUAGACCAACAAGAGGUCCAAAGAAUCGCAUCCGCCUACAAUAUUUACGCUGCCUUAAGUUCUGGAAUUCCAGCAAUAUUUUCCAACCUUUUAUUUGCGUCAAUGAGUGAUAUAUAUGGACGAAAACCGUUUAUAUUCAUAACUGUCACAGGCCAAUUUAUCGCAACUGCAAUGUUUGCAGUAGGCAUAUACCUUAAAUGGAACAUUUACGCCUUGCUUGCCUUCAAGUUUGUGGGCGGGUCCACUGGUGGCUGGAUCGCCUCCCUUUCUAUCGGCUUUGCUGCCGUAGCAGAUAUCACUCGGUCAGGAAAGUCAAGAACCUUUGCUAUAGUAUUGAUAGAGAUAGCGGUGGGCAUGGGCGCCCUAGUGGGAUCAGCCUUGUCCGGCUACCUUAUUGACGGCGUCGGCUAUAACACGGCAAUGACGAUCAGUGCAUCUGUCACAUGUAUAGGAGUCGUGGUUGCGCUUUUUUUUCCGGAAACACUGCAAAAAGAAUAUUCACGAAAACACAGUGUUAUGCAGACGAUUAGAAAUAUAUUUCUCUUUUAUACCAAAGAUGUUUCACCUGUCGGCAAACGUUGGAAGUUCUGGGCGUGUUUGUUGGCUUUGCUCUUCAGUUUUCUCGCUAAUUUUGGAAAGACUGGCAUUGAGACGCUGUAUCAGCUUAACUCCCCGUUCUGCUGGACGCCCGUGAAGGUGGGCUGGUACACUACUCUUCGGACAGGACUGCCCCUCGUCAUUGGUAUGGGACUCAUGAAACCUUUCCAGAUGUGUAUGGGGGAACACGUGAUCGGUAUUAUAGGUACUCUAUCCUAUAUAGCAGGAUACGUGCUAGAGGCACUGGCGACUAACGAACUCAUGAUGCUAAUAGUUGCCUUUAUCAGUUUCAUGGGGGCUUUACCUGUGCCAAUCAUAAGAGCGAUAAUGUCGCACAUGACAUCUCCUGAACAACAAGGUUCCCUAUUUGCCGGAGUUGCAGCAGUAGAGAAUAUUUGUGCCGUUGUAGGAAUCGUGACUGGUAACGCCAUCUACGCCGCCACUGUUGAUUGGUUCCGAGGUUUCACGUUCCUCCUGUUUGCUGGUUAUACCGGAAUCGCAUGUGUUCUCAUUGUAUUUUUAUUCAUUGAUUCACGAAUGGAGAAGUCUAAAGCUUAUACGUAUACUACGCUCGAAGAAUGAAGAAGGAUGUUGUUUUUUCAAAUCGACCAAAGUGGUUAAUGUGAAACACGAUUCUAUUAAAACGCUUAAUUGCAUUUAUAGCAGUUAAUCCAUGACACACACUAUGUUUAAUAUCAAAUAAACUUUAAUUGA